UUCACCUACAGAGUAACGAUGUGGAAGGUUAGUUUUCCAUUUUUUGCUGCUCUUUUAGCCUUUGGGUUGUGUCAGGUCAUCAGUGGGGCUAACAACGAGGGGCUCCACAACGCAGAAGCAACCUUUGGGUUGGAUCUACCCAUGGCUGGGGGCAUCAGUAAGAUAGAAGAUGCAGAUAACGACGAGGAGUUCCAGAGAGCGCUGCAGUUUGCUGUCAUCCAACACAACGGGACCAAUGACACGGUCCUCCACCAGGUCACUAAGGUGCUCUUAGCUGAGUCUCAGGUGGUAGCUGGGACCAAUUACAUCAUAACUGUGAUUUUGGUGAGAACCAGCUGUGAAAAGGAAGGACAAGCAGAAAACUGUACCAUCCACAAAGAGCCAGAACACGCUCAGCCUUACCAGUGCACAUUCACAGUGUGGAGUCGCCCAUGGCUCAACAAAACCCAGCUGACCAAAGAGGAAUGCUUGAAUGAUCAACCUGCUCCAGAGUAAAAAAUGUAUUCCUCUUGAAGAUCUGCAAAGUGUAACUGCAUUUAAAUCCUCUCCAAGUACCCCAAAUAAAUGCUACCUAACAACAA